AGCUGCAGAGGAGCUGUCUGGCUGACAGUGACAGGGGAGUUACAGCACAGUCCCAACAGUAACACUGCAUAGGACUGAGAGGGGACACACACAGACACAGAGGCUGGGAUGGAAGACUCUGGGCCGACACUGGCAUCUGGGCCCACUUCUAAUUCUAAUUUACCUAUAAUGGAGGAGUCUAGUGACAAACUGUUCUGCUGCCGCUGGGUAAGGCACAGAAUCCCCCUGGCACAUAGAGAGGAGCUCUACCACAUUCUCCGGAUGACUGGACCCUUGCUGCUGUCUCGAAUCCUAAACUACCUGCUUCCGUUUGUCAUCACUAUGUUCUGUGGUCGCCUGGGGAAUGCCGUGUUAGCUGGCUAUGGCCUGGCCUGCGCGACUAUUAAUGUUACGACUGCAGCAACAGGAGGUGGACUUGCCUUAGCAUGUGACACUUUGGUAUCUCAGACAUUUGGUGGUAAGAACCUGCAGCGUGUGGGGGUGAUUCUCCAGAGGAGUGUGUUGAUCCUGCUGCUCUUCUGUCUCCCCUGCUGGGCCAUGCUCCUCAACACCCAGUCUAUCCUGCUGGCUCUGGGCCAGGAGCCUGAGGUGGCCAGAAUAGCACAGCUGUAUGUCAUCGCCUACCUACCUGCAGUACCAGCUAUUUUCCUGCAUCAACUUCAGGCUUCUUAUCUCCAGAACCAGGGGAUAAUACUGCCUCAGAUGUACACAGCAGCAGCGGCCAACAUCGCCAACGUGGUGACAAACUAUAUCCUGCUCUACUGGAUGGACCUGGGAGUUGUAGGGUCGGCAGCAGCUAAUACACUCUCCCAGCUCUACAUAUGUUCCUUCUUGUUUGCUUACAUUUGUUGGAAGAAGCUACAUGUGAAAACAUGGGGAGGUUGGACCACAGAAGCGCUGCAGGAGUGGGGCUCUUAUAUGAAACUAGCCAUCCCCAGUACACUGAUGCUAUGUUUCGAAUGGUGGAUCUAUGAGCUUGGGGGAUUCCUUGCAGGCAUGCUGAGUGAAGUGGACCUGGCUGCUCAACAUGUGGUCAUGAUGCUGGCUUUCAUCAACUACAUGUUCCCCAUGGGGAUUCAGGCUGCAGCAUGUGUUCGUGUGGGGAACGCCCUGGGGGCCGGAGACACAGCUGGGGCCAUUCUCACCAGCAAGGUGUCCCUCGCCCUCUCAGGUUCAAUGGCAGUAAUUCAGGGAAUUGUGCUGAUCUCUACUAAAACAGUGAUCGCCUUCAUGUUUACUUCUGAUGAUCAGAUCAUAGAUCUGGUCUCUCAACUUCUUAACGUGUACUGUGUCCUUCAGUUCUUUGAUGGGCUAGUGUGUGUGUGCAUGGGCAUCAUUCUGGGCACGGGCAAACAGAAGAUAGCAGCGAUGGCUAAUCUUAUCACCUACUACUGUGUGGGCCUUCCACUGGGCAUCUCUUUGAUGUUCAUAGCUGGCCUCAGGGUCCUAGGGUUCUGGUUAGGCCUGUUCAUCUGUGUAAUUCUACAGUCCACCUUCUUCAUCACUGUCAUCUUCAGGCUCAACUGGAAGAGAAUGACAGAGAAGGCUGUGAAACGAGCUGGAAAGGCUGGACAUAUGGUGUCAAUGAGGAGUAUAGUUGCACCAGACCACACAGAGAACAAUGGGAGGACAGUGAAUGGAUACAUUUCAGUGAGUACUGAGGGCCAGGAAGACCUCAGGGGAAGCAAUGGGACCCCAGAGGUGAAGAGGGAGGAUGGGAGCCCCAGUGGACUGCUCUCCACCACCCAGCUGGUCCUGAGGAGAGGUCUCACUGUACUGGCUGCCAUUGUCAUCCUGGUUGUGGGGACCAGUGUACAUCUUCUCCUGCCUCUACCAAUCAGCUCAUGGAGCAAUCUGAGUGUAGACUGGAGCAACACUACCUUUACCACUACCUCCCCCCCUGAACUCACCCUGUUAACAGUUCUCAUCUAGGAGUAAUACCUGGGSGACCCAGAACAGACCCUGUAGCAAGACAAUAGAGGUGCUGUUAUAGACAUGCUGUGUCAGUGAAUCUGUUAUUACACCUGAAACAGCCUUUUUCUUCAAUCUAGAGCCAUAGUCAUGCCUAAUUCUAUGUAAACAAAAACAUAGAUAACCCAGGGUUCUACCUGGAAUCAAAAAUGGCAAAAAGGGUUAUCCUAGGCGGACAGCCGCAGAA